AUGGACAAUGACCGUGAGGGGCCCCGCAAGAAGAAGCGCAAGGAGAAGGACGACGACGAACUCGCUCUCUCCCUCUCCCCGCCCGGCCAAACCCCUACGACUCAAGACUGGAACACCCCCGAUGUGACAUUCUCCUUGUCUCCGCCGCCGCCCUCAUCUUCAGAUCCCGUGAUUGGCAGCCAGAAUCCCCCAUCCCAGAAAACCAUAACCCUAACCGUCCCCCGCAAGCCGCAUCAAGCCAUGGCUCUUCCCUUUGAUAACCCGUCUUCUUCCCGUACAGCUGCACCGAUCCCACCUCACCGCAGCCAUCACAUCGACGCUCCGACGAUCGGGGAUCUUCCGUCAUCGCAUCGGUCCAACCAGGGCUUCCCCCGAGCCAGGAAGAACCCCCACCAGGGCCCACCCAAGGGAAAGGACGAGACCGUGAUGGCGCCCUUCCGAUGGGCCACUGACCGCCGUGCGGUGGUCCACCGGAAGGAUUACAUCCUGGCGCAGGGCAUCCGCGCCAUCGAAGGGGAGGUCAAGUGUAGGUGGUGCGAGCACAGCUCCUCGAUAUCGUACGACCUGGAGGAGAUGUUCCAGAAGGUGACCAAGUUCAUCGAAGGCGUAAAGGACCAGAUGCACGAUAGGGCGCGACCGGAGUGGCUGGCCCCGACCUUCCGGGACUGCACCGUCUGCGGCCGUCAGAACAGCCUGAAGCCGGUGAUCGCCACGAAGAAGCGCGCCAUCAACUGGCUCUUCCUGCUCCUCGGGGGAACGCUGGCGUGCUGCAACCUCAGGCAACUCAAGUACUUCUGCAAGCAUACCGGGAACCACCGCACCGGGGCCAAGGACCGGGUCCUCUACCUCGUCUACCUGGGGAUCUGCAAGCAGCUCGACCCCAAGGAUCUGUUCGAGCCCUACCGCUAG